AUGAGCGACUGGGAUUCUGCCGGCGCCCAAGGCGCUGCAGUCGAUUCAGAUUGGAACAACGAUGCUGGCGCUGUCGCCAUGCCUUCUGAGCUCGACGACACCUUUGGAGCUGCCACCAACGGCGACGGCAUGAACGGUGAUAACGAACGCAAGAUGGGGGGCUGUUUCAACUGCGGAGAAGAAGGUCAUUCCAAGGCUGAAUGCCCUCAUCCCCGCAAAUUCAGAGGAGAAUGUCGUAACUGCGGUCAAGAAGGCCACAUGGGUGCUGAUUGCCCGACCCGAGUCGUCAGAUGCAAAAACUGCCAACAGGAGGGUCAUGAAGCCUUAAACUGCACCAAUCCCAAGUUCCUCGACAAUGCCCGUGUUGCUGAGAAGUCUGUGGACGAGGCUUGGGACUUGCUCAAGCAAGCCAGUGAUGGGCGGGAUAUUGGUGACUUCAAGGAGGCCCUUCAAAUCCUCUCGAAGGCCAAACCUGAGUACACCUACCCCGUGCUGGAGACAGAGUUUCGCAAGCGUGGUUUCAGCAUCUACCUGAUUGCUAUGGAGAAGGAUCAUGGUGAUACUUGGACCAACGUCAAUUUGCAAGGCGAUACCGGCAAGAAAUAUGCUGUCAGUUACUUCACCUCCGACAAGCCGCAACGCCCUACUCUCGUCGACAAAUGGCCUGCGUCUCCAGAAGAAAAUCUUGCUCGUCUCGCUGAUGCCGGAAUUCCGCUCGAUCGCGGAGUAGAUAAGUGCAACAACUGCGGCAAGCUUGGCCACACUACCAAGCGUUGCCGCGAAGAAAGAAUCGCAAGUGUUCAGCCAACCGUUACUUGCUACUUGUGUGGUGAAGAGGGCCAUCGUGUUCGUGACUGUGGCCAGGAGCGUAAGCGUGGUGCUCGUGCUUGCAAGAUUUGCGAGUCCGAGGAACAUUUGGCAAAGGACUGUCCGAACAAGGAGAUCCGAGCCUGUCGCAACUGUGGUGACGAGGACCACAUGGCGAAGGAUUGCCCUUCUCGUGAGAAGAGAACAUGCAGGAACUGUGGAGCCGAAGACCAUCUCGCUCGAGAUUGUCCUGAGCCUCGAAAGAUCACAUGCAAAAUCUGCAACGAGGAAGGUCAUAUGGCUCGCGAAUGUCCCAAGAAAGGUGAAGCUGGUCCCCGUCCUCUGCGCGACUGGUCUCAGGCUGUCUGCAGCAUCUGCAAUGAGAAGGGUCAUGGCCGUGCGCGCUGUCCACAAGGCCAAGCAGGAGGCAUGGCCGGACAGGCUGGUGCUGGGAAUACGAAUGGUGCAAGUGACGUGGGAGCUGGUUGGGACAACAAUCCAACUCCCAGCUCUGCGCCUUCUGGCUGGGAGUCUGCAGAGACAGGCGGAUCCGCUUGGGGUGCCGGGCAAGAUGCUGCUUCUGCACGGUAA